AUGCGGCGACAUCAUGGGCGUGGGCAAAAUUCUCCAUUUGCAAACAAAACAGCUGCUCCCAUUUCGGAGGUUGUGAGCCUCAUUCGCAACUUUGACUCUGACAUCAACCCCUCCCGACCAGUGCGCCAGUCUCCCCUAGCGACCUCUCAAAUUCAGGGAAUGCCUCUUGAUAUGAUAGAUCGCAUUCGGUCGUUCCCAUUGUUUCAGUCCACUCCUGACUCUUUUCUCGCGGAAGUCGGCCUCCGCUUGCGUCCUCAACUACACUCGACUAAUGACUACAUAUUGACAGAAGGGGACGACGCGAAAUCCAUGUACUGGUUGGUCAGGGGAGCUGUGGCGGUAACCUCGAGAGACGGCGAAAGCACCUAUGCGGAGCUAAAACCUGGAGCAUUCUUUGGUGAGAUUGGUAUCUUAAUGGAUCGACCACGGACAGCCACCGUGAUUGCGCGCACCAAAUGCCUUCUAGUCGUACUCAAGAAGGAAGACCUGAGAAAGAUAUUGCCCGCAUACCCAGAGGUAGAGCAAGCCAUUCGCGACGAGGCACAAGAGCGGCUCACAAUCCUUGAGAAGAAAAAGAGGCAGGUGCAGCCUGAUGCUAAUCCUACAGCUGGGUCAGCCAGGCGUGGUUCCAAAAGGACGAGUGAUUUCAUGUCUGAUGAAAACGAUGUUGCUCAUGCCAAUGGAAACGGUGUAAAUGGGAUUAGCAAGAAGAGAAAAUCACCAAGUCCAGGGCCGAACGAGAUCUCCAGCUCCAGCGCCCUCGGAAAUGGUCUUGUUCAUGUGCGGUCGCUAUUGAAAGAGCUCCCUCUUUUCACAUCACUGCCCUCAGACCUUCUACAUUUUCUUGGGUUGAAUGCUCUGCCACGGACGUUUGCGCCGUUCACUGAUAUCAUUAGACAAGAUUCCAAAGGCCGUGAAAUCUUCUUUAUAGUUAAAGGAGAGGUCGAGGUUCUUGACGAGAAGGUCUUCGAAACAGCAGCCUCACAGAAGAAUUCUCAGCCAAAAGGCAACCGACGGCCACCGUAUGUCAAGGCACGACUCAAGGAGGGACACUACUUUGGAGAAGUAGUCAGUCUGUCCUUGGCCCCCCGGAGGACAGCUACAGUUCGAUCGGUAACUGCGGUGGAGUGUCUUAUGAUUACUGCUGAGGUGCUGGCCGAGUUUUGGGAGAGGUGCCCCGCCGGAGUGCGGCAGCAACUUGAGCAUACCGCCCGAGAGCGACUGCGUUCCGCUUCCGACAACGAUGUCAUAAUGGAUGAUAGAGAUUCGGCUCCUGCGAUAAACCAACUCGCCAUUGGCGAGCAAAUCAUGCCGUUGACACCCAGAAAGCAGCCAGCACCAAGAGUGACUUUUAAUGAUGCAGAAUUGGGGAGUCCGCAUAGGUAUUUGAAAACGGAAGACGAGCCAGUACUUAGGCCGUCUGACCCUGAUCCAUUCUUGAACGUUGGUCUCGACAAGGUAAGGUCACGAUCGCGAAGAGGUUCCUUGGCACCUAUCUCGCCAGAUGACAUUGAGCCUGAUGGUCGGAACAAGAGUACUUCGCCAACAAAUACUCGCUCUGACAACCCGUCUGCAUUUGAUUCGGGAGGUAGUACCCCAUUCUCUGAUCCAUUCGGCAAGUUGAGAUCAAGAGCACCAACACCGCGCCCGAGUGGACCACGUGCAAGGGGUUCUUUGCCCGACCGAGUCCUUGUCAACAUCUUCAAGCAUCUCAGGGUGCAUGAAUUAUUCCGGCUGAGGGCUGUCUCACUUCAUUGGUCAGAGAUCUUGACGAAGUCGCCCGAGCUAUUUCAUCAUCUGGAUUUGACACCAUACAACCGCAAGCUCACUGAUGAGGUUCUCUCCAAGCAUAUUUGUCCUUUUGUGGGCGAGCGCCCCAGAGUGAUCAAUAUAAGCAACUGUUUCCACAUCACAGAUGAGGGCUUCAAUAUCCUAGCAUCACUCUGUGGUGCCAAUGUGAAGACAUGGAAGAUGAAGAGUGUAUGGGAUGUGACGGCGCCAGCGAUCUUGGAGAUGGCAAACAAGGCCAAGGGUCUACAUGAAAUCGAUCUCAGCAAUUGCCGAAAGGUCAGCGAUACCUUGCUCGCUCGAAUAUUGGGCUGGGUUGUACCAGCCACUGCUCCGUCGCGCCACACAAACGGUCGUCUAUCUCUGAACACACGGAUGACACCACAAAGUCCUGGUCAGCCGCCUGCUGGUACCGUCUUUGGCUGUCCUUUCCUAAAGCGCCUAACUCUGUCUUACUGUAAGCAUGUCACCGAUCGCACCAUGCAUCAUAUAGCGUCUCAUGCAUCGACACGAAUCGAACAAAUGGAUCUCACGAGGUGUACGACUAUCACCGAUACCGGGUUUCAAUACUGGGGUAAUGCGCAGUUCUUACGUUUGAAGAAGCUUUGCCUAGCCGACUGUACAUAUUUGACCGAUAAUGCCAUUAUCUAUUUGACCAACGCAGCGAAAGGCUUACAGGAGUUGGAUUUGUCGUUUUGCUGCGCUUUGUCGGACACGGCCACUGAAGUUCUGGCUCUCGGAUGCCCGAGUCUGACACAUCUGAAUCUAUCCUUCUGCGGUUCCGCGGUCUCGGAUCCUUCACUCCGGAGCAUCGGUUUACACCUUUUGGCCUUGAAACAGCUCUCUGUACGAGGCUGCGGGCGGAAACGCGCCUCUGCAGAAGAUGGCGGUCCACCAGAGAAGAGAAUGAAGGGAGAACCAGAGGACACAGAAGUCUACAGCCAGCGGAUCAAGAAGAAGCUGCAGGCCAACUCACGUACUGGCCAGGCUUGCGACCGUUGCAAGGAGCGGAAGAUGAAGUGUGACUCAGGCCAGGAUGGCUGUCAACCGUGCACAAGCAGAAGUUUGCGCUGUAUGGCUACCGACAGAAUUACAGGCCAUACCCAUGAACGAGGAGAGACCGCACGCCUAAAGAGUGACAUUGACAAACUCAGAGCACAGAUCAAUGCUUAUUACCGUCACUUUGGUCCUCUUCCAGCUGAAUACUCUUUACCAGGGCCAUAUCAGGCAUAUGCACCUUCCCAAGGCUACACCAGCAAUCCGCCUCCAACCCAGCCAAUACCCUUGACAGAGCAACACGAAGAAUUAGACAUCAAUAGACAGAACAAUGCAAACGGACCGCAUAGAGGACCGAUUCAUGAAACCAUCAUCGACUUUGUUGACGGCGAGAUCGACAUAGGAGAUUUUACCUGUCCUGAUAUGACAGAAACCGAGAAUAUUUCUCAAGCGACUCUUCCACUCAACAACUCACGCCGAAGCUCUCUCACCACCAUCCUUGGAGCACAGAAACCAGAAAAGCCGCAAAUGCCCGGCCGAGAUGAAGCCCUCCAAUACAUUGACAAUUACCUAAAUGUCAUUGCAGCGUAUAUUCCUAUUGUCCAUGGCCCCACAUUCAGAAAGCAGGUUGCAGAGUACUAUGAUCAUCCCGGCAGCUUUGAUGACAGGCCUGCUGAAGUGGUCAUGAUCAUGGUAGUUCUGGCAAUAUUCGCCUACCAGAUGGCUACUCGUAAUCCACAGAUGCGCCAGGAGAAGUUGGCAGAAUCCAAUCGCCUGUAUCAUUAUGCUCUCACUUUUUACCCUGAACUGCUGCUGGGAGACUCUUUAGCCGAUAUGCAAGCACUGGCCUUAUUUCUUGUUCACGCAAGAAAUCUGCCGAAGCCUGGAAACAGUUGGAGUCUGAGUAGCAUGAUUCUUGCCAGAGCUAUCGAACUUGACUACCAUCGUUCAAGCAACAAGAUUGUGCUUCCUCCUAACCAACGGAACGUGCUGGCGAUCGAGCUUCGAAAGCGUGUCUUCUGGUCGAUAUUGAGCAUUCAAGUCACCAUUGCUGUCAAGAUGGGAAGACCAAUGGCGAUCUCACCAAAGGACAUGGAUGUCGAGCUUCCUCAAGCAGUCCUGGAUUCGGAAAUUAGAGACCAAGGAUUCCUGCCUAGGUCGGGGCACUGUGACUUUUGGGGGCACAUCUUUCUGGCUAAGAAGCUACCGCUUCUCAUAGAUCUGUAUGAGAAUGUCAUUCCCGUCAGAAAGUCGGCAGCCGAAUACCAUCAAGACAUCGGUAAUCUUGAUGCUCAAAUCACCAAGUGGCGGCAUGAUUGGGAUGUAGAGACGGCCAACCAGACCAAAAACGGCAGCCUUAAAAUUGCAACUCACCUCAUUGGUAUAUGGUAUGCAGAGUUCCGCAUUAUCCUGCAUCAUCCCAGGUUGUGUACAUCACACCUUGCGGAAGUGCAUGAGAAGAAUCUGGACAUAUGUCUAGAAGCUUCGCGGAGCAUGUUAGGAGAUCUGAUGUCCUUGAUCUUAGAUUUCAAGGCCCCCGAUUUCACGUGGCAUUUUGUUUCAGGCUACGUGCUAGCGAUGGGAAUGGCAAUGCAUGUUUAUGGCAAGCGGAGAGAGCAUCAGACUGCUGAGACCUUGGGCAAAAUGAAACGCGAGCUUCAGCAGUGGCUGUUCGUGAUAAGAAGUGCUGAUUAUUUUAUGAGGACUGGUGAUCAUCUCAUCACAUUCUUCCAACCGCGAGCUCAGCAAUGUCUUGAAGAUGCACAGAACGUGGUGACCGCUUCCGAAGCCCUCCGGAACGGUUAUCAUCAUGGCGCACAUUCUCAGCCACCACAAGACGAAUCUGAAUCUCAGCCCCCUUACUCCGCAGCCGAGUCAUACCAACAACAUCCCGCAACAUACUCGGAAAGUCUACCCUCGAAUCCGAGACCCCCAGCAAGUGCACCCCCUCCACAACAGCAUACAUACAAUAUCCAACCACCAUCCACAUCCACUUCACCUGCUGAACAGGAACCUCAACAAUAUGGUAGCAACAACAACAACAACGUCUACCAAAUGCCCAUUCCCCAAUCCUCAUCGCCAGCCACCACCACAAACACCACGAUCAUGGCCACAACCACUCCAGUCCAGAACCGCAACAUCCCAUUCCUCUCCGACCACACCAACUACUCUCAGCAGCAACAGCCCCAGCCGUACCCAAGCCAGACAACAACUGCCUACUCCACACAAACACCAACCUCCGCAUCCAUGUACCCCCAACACCCCGCAAUGUCUUACCCGGCAACAGCAAACUCCGAUAUCUUCUCCACCGAAAACAUGUAUUCCAUCCCACCUGGCAUGUGGCCAAUCCAUAUCGUGCAAUACCAGCAGGGUGGCAUAUGA